GUUUUCCCAACAAAUAAAAUUGUUAUGGACAAAGGACAAAGGAAGGCCUUAGAAUUCAAUUGGUUUAUCGAUACCUUUCCUUAAUCCCCCAAUCGGCAAUUGGCUCUGCAAGUGACAAAGGAAGGCCGCCACCACGGCCGGACAAGUCGAGGAGGAUUACCGUAUGCCUCCAGUCUGUUGAAUCGGGGGUUCCGCUCGGCUCUCGCAGACUCGCUGAACCAGUGAUGAUGAGCCUUUGGCCUUAAAAGGAUGCAUGAGCUUUGUAUGGUGGAUGGUUUUGUGGAUAUAACUAAUAACUUGGGAGACAUGAUAAAAUAUCUGGCAAAUGAACCAUCGGUGGGGCUUUUCUACAUCCAACAACAUACCCACAACGCAAUCCCCAACCUGGUCAACCUUAACAAGAAUGUGGUGGAGAAAUCUCAUGAGGUGAUUUUACAUAUGGAAGAUUUAGAGGAUUCUAUAACAGUAAUGAGAUCAAUGAAAGCGUUUGGCUUUUCGAUUGCUGAAGAGAUGAACAAAGACAUCAAAUACUCCCUUUCUGUCAUGACAGCAAGCCAACCAAAAAAAGGAUUAUUAAAUAUAACUAUCCCCAGGGGCAGUUUUGGGAUUGGGAGUGUUAGCACAAACAGCAAUUUGGAUGGCAGUGAUAACAACAGCAGUUAUCUGUCUAGUGUAUUGAAAUCAGCCAGGCGAAAAGCUAGUAGCUUCAAGUGGGCUCAACUUGAAACCAAAGUGCCGUCUUCACCAACUUUUGCAAAGGCUAGUACUGAUCAGUUGCUGUCCUUUUCAAGUAAGUUUGAGGAGUUUAGGGCAACCAGGGAAGCGGAAUUGGAAGAGUGGUUGGAAGGUGGAAGAUGCGACCAGUAAGAGUAAACCCCGGGGGCUAAAGGAUACAUUUUAAAGGAUGAUGAAAAGAUGCUAGAAUUUUGGGGGCCGAACAAUUGUGCUGAUUAGAUGAUAACUCGCUUCCCACUAUGAGAGCUUUGCAUUGGUUGCAUACUUGCAUGUGUUUACUGUUUAAGCCCCCCCUCAAAAAAGGCAUUAAGCAGCGGUUACCUGGUGGAUGGUGUAGGGGCUUUUGUAGGAGAGUCAUGCAAUCUUGAUCUCUGAUGGUGUACAUAUUUGUUUACUUUUAUGUAUUAUUUCAGAUCAAGUCUGGAGGAUCGGAGUGGAAUGAAAUUGCGAAAGAAGUCCAUUUAUUUUGAUAUUUUGUACAAAAUUUGUGGUUUUAUAUUUAGAAGCUCAUCUAAUUCUUCCAAAUAUACAAAAAGAAAAUUACCGAAGAUACAUUGAACUAGUGUUUUGUGUUUUAGAAAUCUGAAAUUUAGCUUGGGACAAUUGGUUCUAA